GUUGGAUGCGUUGCGUAUACGCGAGGUCUUAAUGGGCGCGUCUUCUGUGCAAGCGAGACGCUCUCACCCACUGGUCACCAUCGCAGCGGUGAUAUGUGCACCCAGAAACUUUGGCUGUCGAUGCCUCCUAGGCGCCUCUCAUCAUGCGACAGGCAGGCGGCAAGCCUUUCUGCCGAGAGUCUGGGAGUCGAGAGUGAAAGCAAGCCAGUCGCAUCUCAUGAGUCACGAGUCGUCAAUUGCAAUACUGCCCGCUCUUUGCGGCGCUCGCCACACGCACCUAGUAUUUCGCAAGGUUCUCUUCCGCAACAAGCUGCUUCGUAUUGGCACAGCCGAGCUGCUGCUUACACCGCAUAGCUUCGCACUUCACAAUCAUCGAGCAUGACCUCGAUCACGAAGACAUUGACUUCUCGAAAGUGACCACAAAGGUAGAUGCUGACGGCUCAGUGAGCGCGCUCGCAGUCAAGAAUGAGGUCAAAGUCAGGAAAACAAGACAAGUUCAAACCGCAGAGUCUAGCAACGCGUUCAAACAAUAAUGAGCUCAGCAA